ACAUUGCAACAAAUUUUUUUUGUGAUUAUUUUCAUUAUUAUUACUAUUACUUGUAUUGCAUAUGAGUUAUCAUUGAAAGAGAGAGAGAGAAAAAAAAAUUGGAUUAACAAUACAUUAGGAGAUUAGGAUAUAUACUGUACUGUAAUAGUAAAGCCUUUAAGUGUGUGAUAUAGUAAUCCACGACAACUACAACAACAACGACAUAUUGAUCACCACAUCAUCGACAACAACAACAACAAUAACAGCUGUCCUUAUUGUGUGUAUAAUCAUAGACACAACAAAUCAAAGAGUUGUGGUCAUCGACAACAAGAUUGCAAAAAUCGUGUGACACAUAUUGCAAGACACGCGCCAAUCAAUUAUAUCUAUUGUUUUUUUUGUUGUUGAAUAAUAUGGAUAAUCACGGGGACAGUCAUACGGACGACAGUGCCGGCGAUAUACAGUGUCCGCUAUGUAUGGAAACACUGGACUUCGAUGAUCUCGGUUUUUUCCCGUGCGGUUGCGGCUAUCAGGUGUGCCGUUUCUGUUGGAACCGAUUGAAGAAUGACGACACCAAUGGAGGUCUGUGUCCGGCCUGUCGUCAGCCGUAUCCGGACAGUCCCAUACAGUUCACCUCAAUUAGUAUAGAGACUGUGGAAGAGCUGAAGAAACGCAAAAAGAAACAAAAGGAGAAACAAAAACUCAAAGAUGCCGCUAAGUCAUCAAAUCUAUCGUCAAUACGUGUCGUUCAGAAGAACCUGUUGUUUGUCAUCGGUUUACCUCAACGUCUAUCACAGGACGAUCUCCGCAAAGAGUUCAGUAAAUACGGAAAGAUAAUCAAACUGGUGAUCAAUGCUUCGUCGGCUUACGUUACGUACUCGCGACCCGAAGAUGCGGUUGCGGCCAUCAAAGCACUGAACGAAACGCAUACCAAAUCCAAUCGUAAUAAAGACAGCGGCAGUCAGCAGCCACUGCGGGCGUCGUUAGGAACUACUAAAUACUGUACACAUUGGCUGAGAAGUCAGUCGUGUCCUAAACAGCCCGACUGUAUGUAUUUGCACGAAAUGGCCGAACAGGAGGCAUCGUUUACGAAAGAGGAGAUGCAAUUAGGCAAACACACUGAUUAUGAGAAACGACUUAUUCAACAUUAUUCGGAUCUGUUGGCCAAAGAAAAGGCCGAAAAGACAAACCGCAAGAAUGCGGCCAACAGUAAGACUACAAAUAAUACAUCGACGACUACGACCAACAAUAAUAAGAAUAAUAGCAACAAUAGUAAUAAUAAUAAUAAUAAUGAAAAUGAUAAUAAAACAACAAAUAAUAAUAAAAAUACUAAUAAUUCAAAUCACAACAAAAUGCAAAGCAAAACAAUUGUCAUCAAAAACGCACCACAAAAACAACCCAAACAGCAAUCGAUAAUACAGACCAACGGCUUCGGCGGCGAUGACGGCAGUAAUGAUUCGGUCGGUGACAACAGUACAGCGCGAUCGACAUCGCCUGUCAUACCGUGUCGAUGGGGAACACCGAUAACAGCCGGCGGCCAACAUAUGUCUUCUGAUUGUUCGUCAAAUUCCGAGUCCAAUAGCAAUAGUUUAAGUUCAACGCCUAACCAGACCUCCACUAUACCCACUAUACAAUCAUGCGAUACUCAACAACAACAGCAAAUAGUACGGAAAGGACAGAGUGGUCAACAACCGCUGCGACUUCAGCAGCGAAUACUUACCCAAACAUUUGUUAAAAGUAAUGGUGAACUUAUAAAUAAUAUCGACGACAAUGCAAUGGACGGACAAAUAAUGUCGAAUAAUUGUGUCGGCGAUAGUGACGACAUUAUUGACGAUGACGCCGAAGACGAUGUUGGCGAUGAAGACGGACUAGACUUUGAUCCCAUAUCUAUAUCCAGUCGCGGACUUCAAGACUUACUAAGAGAUACGUUUAUAACAACUCAUCCACAAUCGUCGUCAACAUCGAUGAUGGGAACGGGAGGAGAUCGCGGCCAACAUAAUAAUGUUUUUAAUAAUAUAAACAGUGGCGGCGGAGGAACUAAUGAUAUAUUUAUGUCUUCGAAUCAAAAACUUCUUUCAAAUUCAAAUAAUUUUUAUUCUUCGUUAUCGAAACAGCAACAGACUUCUCAGCAAACAAAUCAGUUUUCUUCUAUAAAUAAUGGUUUUGUAAAUAAUAAUAGACAACAAAUGUUAUCAUCAAAUAAUGCAUACAAUAGCUAUCAACAGUUACCAGGAUUACAAUCUACAGGACAGGGAGGAGGACCGCAACUACAGCAUAUGAACCAACUAAGCCAUCAACAGCAACCACCACAACAACAACAACAAUCUCUGAGCCCUCAAUGGCAAACACAACAGCAGAACUCUCUAAGACAACUGUUACCUAAUGUAAACAUAGCGUUCCGACAAACACCCGACCAACCAUUAAUGGGCGGCGUCGGUGGCGGCACCGGAUUAUUAGCCAAUAGUAAUAACUUUACCGGUAAUUCACAUACAAAUAGCACACAACAGCAACAAAUUAUGGCAAAUAAUUUAAGACAACAACAACAAUACGGUCAUAUGGGCGGCCAAAUGAUGGGUCGACAUAUGAUGUCAAAUAUGGGCUCUACCGGUGCCGACAAUACAAAUAAUGUUUUAUCACAAUACUGGAACCAAUCACAGCAUCAGCAACAACAACAACAAAAUUCUCAGAGAGAUCACAUCUUAAGGCUACAACAACAGCAACAACAACACCCGAUUCAUAGACAACAACAACAACAGCAGUCCUUUUUAACAAAUCAGAGCACAUAUUGGCCACCAAUGGGCGGCACCCAUGGCGGACAACCAUCACAACAGAUGACAAUUUCCAGUGGUGUUGGCUCUCGACAGCCACCGCCCGGAUUUUAGGCCUAACCUCUCUUUUCAUACAAAUUUAUUGUUUCUAAAUAUUAUUAUUAUUAUUAUUAAUCUUA